GAAAAUGAAAGCCAGCCCCAUCCGCAUUCCAACUGUUAGCAAUGACACCGACUGGGACUUCUGCUUCCACCUGUCACAGCAAACCAGGAACCCAGCACAAUAUACAGAUGAUUUGUUUGGUGUUUGUCAAUGUAGAGAGACCGAUGACGACACUACAGUCCAGAAUGACUGUAUGUCUUUUCCAAAACAGAAGUUAGCUCAGGCCCAGAAGAAAUUUGGCCAGCUCAUUGAGGAAAAAAUGAAUACCAAAGCAAACAAGGAGCUGAUUCGGUGUUUCAUCUUUUCUCGGAUUAUUUUUGGGAAAGAACACUGGAGAUGUGCACAGGCUUUAGCCAACCUGGCUUAUGGUUACCUGACACUAAGAGGCCUCCCAUCUCAAGCCAAGAAACAUGCAGAGUCAGCCAGGAGCACACUGCUGACCUGGAAGCAAAACAAAACCACAGACAAGGAGAGAAAAGGAAUCCUGGGAUCCCUCGUCAUACUCUACUAUACUCUGGGGACAGCCUGGCUCCUACAAAACCAUGGCAAACAGGCCUAUUUCCACCUGAAGAAAGCGGAAAAAAACAUGAAGGAACUGAAAGAGUUAAACAAAGGAGACAUUGGUGGAAGCCAAGUCUCAGAUAAAGACCUAACCAUUGCUCUGGGCAGAGCUUCCUUAGCCAUGCACAGGAUGAACCUAGCUCUGGCAUACUUUGAAAAGGCAAUUGGUAGUGUCAUCAUGGCCAAGGGUUAUGGCACAUCAGAGCUGAUUAGCCUAUAUGAAGAAAUCGCUCAGAUUGAGCAGCUGAGGAGGAACCAUGAGCAAGCCAUCCAGUAUUUGCAGCAGGCCUAUUCUAUUUGUGUUUCUUCAUUUUCUGAAAUCAGCCCCCAAACUGCUGAGGCGAGUGCUCUACUAGCUAAAGCUUAUGCCAUGUCCGGAGAAUCCCAGCACAGGGAUGCUGUUGAGAUAUAUUUCAUAAAAAGUAUUAGUACAUAUCAAACACUGGGCUCUGAAGACUAUGAGAGUCUCACCGCCAUUGAAGACUUUUGUACAUGGCUCAUCCAAAAUGGUGAAAACCAGGAGGCUUACAGAUUGCUAAAGUCUACACUGAAUUCUGGCAUCUAUGAUGACUGUGGUGGAAAAGUAGCCGAAACCUUUUAUAAUAUGGGCAGUAUCUGUUUUGCCAAAGGAGAGGUCAGAAAGGCGAUCUCACUUCACCUACAGUGUCUGAUGGUUCAAAUUCUUAUCUAUGGAAGUGAGCACAUUAAGAGCAAAGAGACUAAAAUCCUCCUUACCCUAUUGCAAAGGAACUUGGUGAAAUACUCUCUGGACUGCCAUGGCCAGCAGCCUGAAUUCUUGUCUUUUGGAGCCUCUACAAAGAAGUUAGAGCAGAACUGGCCACUUAACGCAGGAGUUAAUUCCAAGACAGAAUAA